AUGAUGGCGAUAGUGGCAGAGGGCCUCCGAAUUCUCAAGGCCGGCACUAGUGAACAUCAAGGCAUAGCCGGCCACGGCGGCCAGUACAACCCACAUUUGGCCUAUUUGAAAGCUGAAACAACUGCUGACUUCAUAGUCCCACCAAAUGUCACUACACCCGACAAAAGUGUCUCUACCUAUACUGGCCUGCGUGGAGUUUUGGAUUCCAUCCCACCAAACUUCAAGGUAACAAAAGCGAGCAAGGCAGAAUUCCCUGCUCUGGAUGGCCACAGUGUUUCAAUGGCAGUACUGCAGUUCCCUGCUAGUGGAGUUAAUCCCCCUCACACACAUCCACGUGCUGCAGAACUCUUGUUUGUCGUAGAAGGCUCUCUCGAGGUUGGAUUUGUUGACACAACUAACAAACUCUUCACUCAAACACUCCAAACCGUAGAUAUUUUUGUAUUUCCAAAGGGACUAGUACACUAUCAGUACAAUGUCGAUCCCAAAGAACCAUCCACUGUAGUUUCCGCUUUUGGUAGCGCUAGUGCGGCACUGCUUCACUUCCCACAACUUUCUUUGCCACUAGAUGACUUCAUAGUCCCACCAAAUGUCACUACACCCGACGGAAUUGUCUUUACCUAUACUAGCCUGUGUGGAGUUUUGGAUUCCAUCCCACCAAACUUCGAGGUAACAAAAGCGAGCAAGGCAGAAUUCCCUGCUCUGGAUGGCCACAGUGUUUCAAUAGCAGUACUGCAGUUCCCUGCUGGUGGAGUUGAUCCCCCUCACACACGUCCACGUGCUGCAGAACUCUAG